UCCCGAUUCGAUCCUCUUCCGGAUGCGCGACGUGAAGAACCUGACCGACUUCGUGAGCCAGUUCCUCGAGGGCUACCCCGACCCCGCUGUGCACGGGUUUGACGAAGCACCAUCAAUCUUGGGUAAGAAUCUCUCACUCCUCUGUUCCUCGGCUUCGGUGCCCAACCCCGAGCCUGGCACGUGUUUGCCGAGCAAGCAGCUAGUCGAGUUCCCCAAGCCCAGUGACCCGUCCAUCAUCCUGUGGCCGCCGUGCACGAGGGUGCCGCGAUGCGGUGGCUGCUGCCCGAGCACCAUCCUCAAGUGCGCGCCCACCAAGACCAGCAACGUCACCUUCAAGGUGAUCAAGGCCCAGUACCCGGAGCCCGGCGCGAGCAAGUUCAACUUCGUGGGCCACGAGAUCGUGACGCUGGAGAAGCACGACAAGUGCAGCUGCGAGUGCAAGGAGCGUCCCACGGACUGCAACGCGCUGCAGCAGUACAGCGAGUGCCGCUGCGUCUGCCGCAACAACAACGAGAUGCUGGCCUGCAACGGGCCGGGCAUGAUUUGGGAUCCGCGCGACUGCCGCUGCAAGUGCCGCGACUACGCCGAGUGCUCCACGGGAUUCUACUACAACACGCGCAGCUGCAGGUGAG